AUCGUCUGAUAUAUAUAUUGAUUUUUCGAACACACUUCAUAACGACAAACACGUAGUUUGAAUUUAGUAUAUAAGAGUUUUCGAACGGUUAAUUAAAAUUAAGAUAAUGCAAUAAUAGGACUACAAAUCGACUAGAACAAAAAUCAAAUAAAAAUAACUAAAAUAAAACGUAACAAAAAUGAGCCAACGCCAAAGCUAACCUCAAGGAAUCGAACACAAUAAAACUCAGACACAACUGCAGCAUCAGGUAUAUACACACAUAUAUAUUCAUAAUCGGACGGACGACUACGGCGAAGCAACUGCGCCAGCAAAAUGUCCACAGCAACCGCCAAGCAGAAGCAGCCACGCGCUGCCAGCGAGGAGAGCAUGUCGCCCAAGAAGAUGGGCGUGAUUGCGCUGGUCACUGUGGUUGGCUGCGUGGCCAUCCUCUGGCCAAAGGUGUUCCACCCCAUGAUGUUUGGCGGCACGCCGCCUAAGCCGAGCUACAAGGAUCAGCCACAACGCGGCAUGCCUGGCGGUUGCUGCGAUGUCGUGCUUGACAGGGAGCAGUUCAUGAAUGCUUCGAAGCCCAGCGUCGAGCCAUUUGGCCCCCAUUUGUAUCGCAAGCAGAUCAAUUUGUACACGGGCGAAAUAAGCCUACGUCAGGAACGGCCCGCCCACCUGCAUCCGGAAUCCAUUUAUCAGGCAAUGCGUGAGCGUGGGCGUGCAAUACCCGCCACGCCCACCGUGCCCAUAGUGGAGCGCAAGACUUCGCCGAGUAAUCCACCGCCGCGCAUCGUUGACGGACGGCCGGGACCCAUUCCUGGCAUGCGGCCGCCAAUGGGCGCGGGCGCCUUCCACCAGCCACAGCAGCGGGCGGGCAGCAGCAUGGGCUUCCUGAUGCCACUCUAUACGAUCGGAAUUGUGGUGUUCUUUGGCUAUACGAUUAUGAAGAUUGUUUUCAAGAAACAAAUACCAAAUGCUCCAUAUGGACCCACUCCAGGGGAUCCCAGCUUCCGCCGUGAUGUCUUCGAGCAACAGAAUCACAGUCAAGUGGAGGACUUGAAUGGCACCAAAUUGGGUUGGCGUGAACAUCAGACAAGAACUGCAACGAGUGCAGCGACUGCGGCGGCAACGGCGAAUGGCAGACGCAACGACAAGGAGCUCUACAAUGCCACCUUGUCGGCCACGGAGCUGGCCACGAAUCUGUCCAGCACACUGAAGGCCCACCAGCAGCAGUGCCAUGCGCCCAAGUCCCUGGCCGAGGUGGAGAAGACGCUGUUCAAUAAGGAGACGGAGCAGCUGAUGGAAAUUGAAAAGCUGCGCAAGAAGCUCGAGGAUACCGAACGCGAGAUGGCCAAGUUGAUAGCCGAAAUGAACACCGAUCAGUAUGAGGCCAAGCAACCGGACGACAUCGAAAAAACGAAUUUGACAAAUGUAGAAAACCAAAACAUUUCCAAUGGGCAUACAGCUAACGACCAGCAGGGUAUCACAAAGUCGAGCAACACCAAGCAACAGCAGCAGCAGAGAAAGCGACGCGACAUCAGCGCUGAGCGUGAAAUGACGGUUCUUGGCAUGGAGCUAACAGCUAGUUGUGAGGGCGGUCAGAGGUGGACCGGACGCCCUCCAACACCUGUUUAUCGCGCAUCCAGUGAACAUUCCAAAUUGGAAGAGAAUCUACCCGAGCCGCAAUCCAUUUACUUGGAAGGCGCCUUGGCUCACGACUCGCAAAUUUUGGUAGCCGAUUCGCAAACGAAACGCGAGGAGGUCUAUGACUCCGAGCUGAAUGGAUCAUCUGAGGAGCCGGCUGUCAUACUCAGUAGCAAGAUGACGUUAUCAUUGAUUAAUUUGGAUGCAAAUCAACAAAAUGGUAGCGAUAGCAAGCAGGAAAUCGAAAGUCCCUUGGCCGAUGAUAUUGAAAUAAUUGGACACGACGAACGCUAGAAAGUCUCGUAUAUAUAUGUACAAUGCAAUGCAAGCCAUAUAUAUGUAUAUAUCUACAUAUAUCUAUGCCUAUUUUAAAUUUUUUUUUAAACACACACGGUUGAGGAUAUGAGUGAAAGUUAAGCACGAAUGUUAUGGACUGAUUAAACAAAGUAAAAUCCUGUUAGUAAUUUGGCAUUUGAUUUAUAUAUAUAUAUAUGCAUACAUAUAUAUGGCUUAUGUAUUGUGUGUUUUGAUAUCGAUUUUGUUCUCGAAAUCAGUUUUUUUUUUUUUUUUGUCGCUUUGUAUCUUUGCAUCUGUUCGGUCAACUGAACAUCUAAAUGUAUGCCAAAAAAGAAUUCAUUAAAUGGAUAUUCAUACCUCCUAA